UAUGCAUGUGCGUGUGUGUUUUCCAGGAGCACGCUGACUUCACACACUCUUUCCUGAUGGUGUGUGUGCUGUGUUGUGCUCCAGAUGAGCUGCUGGAUGUACUGUAAGCUGGCUCCAUGAGUGCUAUGAAUGACUCCCUGGAUGAGACUCACACCUCUGGCAGCCUCGGGGAGAAAGCGGCCAUAUUUCGGGGAGCGAGGGGCGGUGGGAACGCCGUCGGGUCGGCCUUUAUCCCAUUGCGCUCGCCCUUGCAGGCACCCAAUGCUGCCGUCUUCAAGGGAGCUAGAAAAGUCAGAGAGGUGGAUGAAACCCAAAUGGGACCCGUCCCAAAUCCCUUCCCAGAGUUGCUGCCGUCUGCUGUCUCUCUAGUGUCCGAGUGUCUGUUACCCUGGACCAAAAACAGUGCAACUCAGGUAAUCAAAGUGUACAGUGAAGACAACACCAGCCGAGCUGUAGAGGUGCCCAGUGACAUCACUGCCCGGGACAUAUGCCAGCUGUUCAUCCUAAAAAACCACUGCGUCGAUGACCACAGCUGGACUCUGUUUGAGCAGAUCCCACAUCUCAGUAUCGAAAGAACCAUAGAAGAUCAUGAGUCUGUCAUGGAGGUUCAGUCCGGAUGGGGAAUGGACUCGCACUGCUGCCUGUACUUCAGGAAAAACUAUGCCAAAUAUGAGUUCUUCAAGAAACCUCUUGAUUUUUUCCCAGAGCACAUGGUGUCGAUAUCCAGUGAAACCAAUGGAAUUAUGAACCACUCACAACUCAUUCAGACGUUUCUCAGCUCCAGUUCCUGUCCUGAGAUUCACGGCUUCCUCCACGCCAAAGAGCAUGGCAGAAAAUCCUGGAAGAAGUUUUACUUUGUGUUGAGAAGAUCAGGACUGUAUUUCUCCAACAAGGGCACAUCAAAGGAACCCAGACACUUGCAGUUCAUCGCGGAGUUUAGUGACAGCGACGUCUACACGUUAUUAUCUGCCAAAAAGGUUUACGGAGCGCCAACAGACUACGGCUUCUGUGUGAAGGCCAGCAAGUCGAGUUCUGCACGUGAUCUGAAACUGCUGUGUGCAGAUGAUGAGCAGACCAGGACGUGUUGGGUUACAGCCAUGCGCCUCUUCAAGUAUGGCAUGCAGCUUUACCAGAAUUUCAUCCAGCCGUAUCAGAAGCAGAAGAGCUCUCCAAUGAGGAGCAUCUCAGAAAACUCACUGGUGGCCAUAGACUUCUCAGGACACAAGACCCGGGUGAUCGAGAACCCGUCAGAGGCGCUGUCGGUGGCUGUGGAAGAGGGCCUGUCAUGGAGGAGGAAAAGCUGUCACAGACUGAGCUCUCAUGGCAGUCCGUCCGCCUCUCAGAGCUCCAUAUCCAGCAUAGCAAUCCAUGUGGCUCAGCCGUGGUUUCACAGCAAACUGUCCCGCGAAGAGGCUCAGAAAUUAAUCACUCAGCAGGGUCUUGUUGAUGGGGUGUUUCUGGUACGGGACAGCCAAAGCAACCCGAGGACAUUUGUUCUGUCGCUGUGCCAUACGCAGAAAAUCAAACACUUUCAGAUCGUACCGGUUGAAGAGAACAGCGAGCUCUUCUACAGUCUGGACGAUGGACACACGCGUUUCUCCGACCUGCUGCAACUAGUUGAGUUUUACCAGCUGAACCGAGGCGUUCUGCCCUGCAAGCUCAAACAUCACUGUGCCCGAAUCUCCCUCUGAAAUGCACCACACCGCAACUUCUGGACGUCAGAUUGUGCCUUGGAUGGUGAAACUGCAGCCGAUUUUGUGCUGUGGUUUCACUGUCCACCCCUGAUGAGCAUUAGGGUCUGAACUCAACACUUCAGCGGUGAGUGUGUGUGUGUUUGAAAUGAGCAUUACUGUAUAUGGACUUCUGAGGACCCUGAUAUUCACCGAGGAAUGAUGGAAAUGUAUAAUGUACUAUAUACCAAUACAAACACUCUCGAGUGGAGGAGACCACCUUAUUAAGCUAUCAAUCAAAGCUCAUGUUUCACUACAGACCGUCUGGGUGUCUGUAUGCUGUGCAUGAACCAAAGCCGAGUGCACAUGAUAGGAUUUUUACCAUCUGAGACUAAUUUGAGAGAUUUUUAGGAUGAAUAGAGUCAAAAAUGCAAUGAGUUUGUGAAAUUUUUAUGAUCAUUUUCAUGGUAAGAAGUUUCAAUAAGGUCUCAUUUAUAGCAUUAGUUCCCUAAUAAGGAGUAGUUCCCUUCCAGACCAGUUACAAACAUGUAGUUUUAUUUAAUAUAUUUUGUAAUAUAUUAAUAAAUUAGCAAAUUGGUCAAUAAAUGUGUUCUGAUACAGCUCUAAAUACAUUAUAAAAUGACAAAUAUAGAAGUAGAUAUUAUUAUAGUGACUCAAAAAGAUC